AUGCAAGAAUUUUCGGGGGUGAGAUACGGUGGAAGUUUAAAGCCGCAGAACGGUUUGAGGGCGAAGGGUCUCGACGCGAAAUGUUUCUGUGCUCAAAAAGUAGCGAAACUUUCAGAAUUUUUGGCCGGAACAAGUUGAUUGAAGCUUUUUUUUAAAACAGAUUUUAAACUGUCUGCUUAAGCUUAAGAAACAAAAAUUAUUGAUGUCAGAGCAGAAAUUACAGGUAUUUCGUCUCGUCACGCACACAACAACCUAACCCUUUUUCUAUUUUUAGCCACUAGUACUAGUUUGAGGCUUUUUCGUCAAAGUCCGUGACGAGAACGAUUAAAUUUACAUGCACAAUUUGACGAAGGACUUUGAUCGUUUGAAUUUCCGCCGUUUGGCAACCGGUGUCGAUUUACGAUAAACCGGGCGCGGGGGCGUUAUUUCGGAGCGUCGUUGCAAACGCUUCUCAUUUUCGUCAAAAAUCGUCGUUUUUCGUCGGCGACACAAGUUUUCAAUGUGCUUUUUUUGCAGCAAAAUUCGAAAAUGGGUUGUGAAAUCACUGGACCACCGCUCGUCUCGCCAUGGAUGAUGCUUUCGAUGAGCGAGGCGCGGAAUGACAUCGACGAAGCGAAAAUCGUAAUUCCCGGACACUCGGUCUCCGAUGCGCCGCAGCACUUUAUGAGGUACAUUUUCGCGUUGAAAAAUGAAAAAUUCUCAAUUUCAGAGGCCACGGAACGUACAUUCGUGACGGAGAAAUCGUCAGUUCGCUUUCCGGCGUCGUUCAGCAGCUCAAUCGGCUACUGAUGGUCAAAACGAUCAAGCAGAGGUACGCCGGAGAAGUCGGAGACGUCGUCGUCGCCCGGAUCAUCGAAGUUCAGGCGAAAAGAUGGAAGGUUUGCGGGAAAUUUUUCAAAAAAAUAGUUUUCAAGCAUAAUUUAAAAUUUUCAGUGCGACGUGGCAUCCCGCCUGCACGCGAACCUUCCGCUGGGAAGCGUGCUCCUUCCGGGCGGUGAUUUCCGUCGAAAAGACGUCGAAGACGAGGAGAAAAUGAGCGAAUUUCUGAAAGUGGGCGAGCUGAUUUGCGCCGAAGUGCAACAAGUUCAACACGACGGAACACUCAUGCUGCACACGAGAAACAAUAAAUACGGAAAAUUGCAGCAGGGAAUUUUGAUCAGGGUUUGUUUUCAUAAAAAUCAGUUUAUUCAACAAAAAACGGUGUCUAUUUGUCCCUGUUGCGGCGGUUCCCAAACUGCUCGGAAGUCUUCUCCAACUGCCGUUCGCGGUACUCCACCCACGUGUCGUCCUUUCUUUUCAUUUUGUGCACGUCGACCCGCUCGAUUCCGCACCGCAAAAUGUAGAAAAAACCGAAGAGGACGGUCAGAAACACCCAUUUGUACAUGUUACGCGUCUCCCUACGCUGCCAGUACUGGAAAGUGUGUUUUUAGUUUUAUUUUACAAAAAUGUUCGAGUUUACCGGAUCCGGCUCACUGUUUCUGUCGUCCUGCUCCUCCAAUCGAUACAAAAUCGAGUCGAGAAGCUUUGUGCGGAUAUCGUCGGCAGUCACGAAACUUCUGAGCGCAUUUAUGACGCGUCGGGAAGAAGCCGGAGACGAGGUGGCGGAGAACAUUUUCGAAAGAAAACUAAACUGAUAGUAGCGUUGGCAGCGAGUUUUUAAGGAGAUUUCACGUGUAAAUUACCGCUUUUUUCCUUUCAGGUUCCUCCGCAUUUGAUCAAAAAGUCGAAAAAGCACUUUCACACGCUUCCCUACGGAAUGGCCGUCAUUAUCGGAUGCAACGGAAGCGUGUGGGUGACGACGGCGCUUCCGGAGACGACGCUCGAGGAGGACGGAUCACAUGUGCACGAAUUUCAGGUGGGAAUCGCAUUUCACGUGGCCCGGAUUUUCAGUCUUGAUUUCGCGUGUCUUCUUUGAAAGUUUCAGGCCGAUUGGAUCAUCUGAACUGAAGAAAUAUAGGGAUUUGACUCAGACCAGGUUAUCGGAUCGGCCAGAAACUUUCAUAGUAGAAAAUGCGCACGAAUGAUACGGUAGAUCACGAUUUCCCACGUUUUCCUGGCAAAAGUCCCGAUUUCAAACGAGUUUCUAUCACAAAUGAUUUUUUUUUGUCGGAAAAAUGGGGAAAUUGCAAUCUACCGUUUCACCCUCAAAUUUAAAGGCGCAGAACUUCCGCGCGUGUCGUUUUAUUGGUUGUUGUCGCAAUAGAGUCCGAUCGUAUAAUAUAAAACCUCGAAUAUUCCGGUUCAGAUCGUCCCGAGUGACAUCCGUUUGGCGAUGGUCCGCACGGCCGCCUGCGUCCGACUCCUUCGCGACUAUUCCAUCUCAAUCUACCUCAACUCACUCACCACAUGCUACGAAAUGAGCCAGCCCUAUGAGGUUCACAUGAGAAAUUGACAGGCCCAUUUAAAAACGCGUUUUCUUGCUUUCAGAUCAAAGAGCUGACCGAGCAAGAAACGUCUUCUCGCCUCGCCUACCUGAUAGCCGCCCGUCUCCUUCAAGAAGCUCAAAUACAACAAAAUUGA